GCGGCCGGGGGCCGGGCUCGAACCCGCGGUCGCCGCGCAGGGCGGGCUCCGAGCCGCGCCGCCGCGCUCCAGAUGUGGCGGGCGCCUCCCGCGUUGGCAUCGUUCCGGCCGCGGCCCUGCGGGCACAGCCCCGCGCAGGGCACAGCCACGGGCAGGGUGAGGAGCCGAAAAACUCUGUGAUUCAAGAAAGCCACCAUGAAAGGUGAGGAGGUUCGGCAGAGGAGAAAAGAGGGCAGGACUAGGAAUGGAGAGCGGUCCAGGCACAAAGCAAAGAGCAAGGGUAAACACAGAGAGAGCCGACUUGGCAGCCAGGAGGCAGAGGAUGUCUCUCUGCAUGCACAGCAGAAGCUGUUGGCUGAGGAGAAGGCGGCCAUGGCAAAGGCGCGGGAAGAGUCAGCCAUCGCGAUUUGCCUGCAGGUGCUCCUGCCAUACCUCCUAGCUGGGCUUGGCAUGGUCAUGGCAGGCAUGGUUUUGGAUUAUGUUCAGGUAAGGGAAAGAUUGGAGGUACCUGGCAUUGGGAUAGGUGGGGGACUUCUCUUCAGAGGCAGGUGAUUUGCUCUGGGAAUGGCAAAGUAAAGGGGGAUUUGCAGCAGUUUCAUGUGCCAACAUGUCCUUCAAAAUCAUCUAUUUUGUGCAGUUGUCAGGAGGCAGCAUGUUGUGGUGUUCUGACCCUUUUUCAUCUCUGGAGAUAAAAGACAGUAAUGAUACUAAAGAACAUGUGAAGGAUCUGAGGUAUCUGUGUAGGAAGGUGCAGUCCUGUGCAAAGAUCUCACUGUGGUCCUGGGAAGAGGGUGGCUAGGCUGCAGCCCCAAGGGCUGUGGUGGUGUAGCUGUAUCACUCCUGGGUAUAGCUCUGGCUAGUCCUGCAUACCCUGCUUCAUUAUGCAAAGAGCCAGCCAGGCCAGCACUGUUAAUGCUUCACACAACCAGCCCGGCCCAGCUUGUGCACCACAUCCUUUUCCAAGGCUUUAUAGCAGAUGACUCAAAUCCUUGAGUCUUCUUCCAGUGCAAUUUCUAAUCCAGUUACAGUCAGGACCAGACCUUUCCUCCUGUGGUACAGCAAUACAGAGCUGUAAGGUAGUGGUAGGCACCUAAUCUUAGACAAUAUAAAGCUGCAGUUAAUUUCCAGGUUAUAAAUUGCUAUCUCACUGCUGCGUGCGUUUUUGAUAACCCUUGUUAUUUGCCUGGCUAACUGUUGUGUCAGAGUGCCCUGACCUACCCCAUAUAGUGGCACUGAGACUACUGUGCUUGCACUGACUGCUUUCACAAAUCUGGAGCUGUAUUCUUCUGCUAAUAGCCCUGGGCUGAUCUCCCUAAGCUAGAAGAGCUAUAAAGGCUUAUGAGUGACACAGUAUCCUUAAGUGACCUUAGCAUGUACUCAGUACCCAGCAGAAUGUCUACUCAAUCAGAAAACACCAAGGCAAGUUCAGAACCCAGUGACAAACUGCUUUUUGUCUCCUUAGAUGCCAUUCUGAGAGUCUUGAGCCUUGAACAGCCACUUUCAUUUUUCAGACUGUUCAGACCUGCCGAUUCCUAAGGAUCUCAGACAUUAAAUGCGUGUUACCACCUAUUGUGAGAUGUUAAAACAUGAAAAUAGGUUGCAGAUGGGUUUAUGAUGUUAGAGGAGUGUGGUUUGGGUUUCUUUUUGAUUUCUAGGAAGGACCGGGCCACUAAUAUAAACAGAAUGUGAAGCAAACCUCAUACUCCUCUGAAACCACAAAAGUCUGGUUUCUGUUUUAUGCAAAGAGCUCACAAAGAGCUUUCAUGUUAGUGCUUAGAGCCUGGGAAAUGAACCCAUGCAGCAUCUCUUAGGAAAAGCAGCCCUUUGGCAGUUAGCACAGUGACUUUUCAGUCAUGAUCAUGGACUGCUUGUGGACACUCUGCUGUUAGGAACUGUGGUUCCUUUCUAAGCCAGUCCUGGCCUCUGCUCCUGCUGCUGUUUCUGUGGGAUGACAGGAGAUGCUGCGAGGCUUUGGGUCCCAGGCUCUCUCCAUCUUGCUCUCAGUCUCUCCACAUAAGCUCUCUUCUCUGCCCUUGCCUAAAGUGGGGAAGAGAGAAGGUAAGGAACAAAACCACACAGCCUGAUCUGGCAGAGAGCCACCGGAGUCAGGAGUGACAGUUCUCCAACAACUGGGACAUACGGUCCCUGAACAACAUCAUCCACCCGUGGGUCUCCAGUGUCAGAAGCACCCUGUCUGUUGCUAACAGUGCCAUGCUGUAAGAGCAUUCCCUGGUAUCCCCGUUCCUUCUCUGCAGGGAUGAUAAGGUACAUCUGAAACCGUGCUCUUUGGCACUUUGUCACCUUUCUGUUCUUUUUUUGUACUGUGGAAUUGGAUGGAGGCCCUAGAUCAGGGUCAGGGCCCACCAAAGAGCCUGUUUCUGCUUUCUCCAGGGCAAUGCAACCUGUUGGUUAGUUUACAAGCAUAGGGACACAGUGUUCCUCCCCAGGUUUUGCUGCUAUGUGCAGCCAUGAAGUGGUUUGUUUGUUCUUUUCCCAACUAGUUCUGAUCUUUAUCCUGCUGUUCAGAUAUGUUCUCUUUCUUCUCAAACCUGAUGCAUCUCUUUGCGGACAAAUAUGGUCUAUCUCUUUGCUAGGAAAAUAUGAUGCAUCUCUAUGCUGACCAAUAUGGUGUGGAUAUUUACCACAGGCUCCUUACACAAAUAAUAAAAUGACCCUGUGUACACACACAGGUCACCUGAACCCAUUACCUUCUCUGCAUACUGAUUCAUUGGUUGAAGGCUUUUUAUGGUGCUUGCUUGGAAACAGAGAGAGCCGAAGCGUGAUAAACUCAUAAACCCUGCCAGGCUGACACUCUAGUACAGGAUGUGUUGCUGCUGGCAUGUUUUAAUGGCAUUUGAGUCAUUCAGGCUCAUUACUAUUUCCUUUACGUUAAUGUUUCUGCCUGCCAGGCAUCCAGUUGGCAGAUAUAGUGGCAUACAGGACUAGAGAUGCACAUUAUCAGACCUGUGAAAACCUGUGGUAGCUGUCCAGAAAUUGUCCUUUAUUUCCUUAAAGCCUCUGUGAGUUUUUAACCAGAAACGGGCCUUCGUGCUGUCACUACUCAGUUUCUGGCUGGUGUAAAGAGGUUGGGUUAUGUGUGGUUAUUACAGGGUUUUUAUUAGCCUCCCUCUUCCAGCUAUUGUGGGCUUUUUUCCCAGUUAGAUUAGCCAAAGUAUAUUCUUUUGUUAGUUUUCAGCUCGGUGGAAGAGACACGCUUACACAUCAGGGAAGAUGGGAGUGGAGAAGGCUGUACCAACACACCAGCCUAGAAAGCAGCAAAGGACAGACAGAGUUUCCCAUCUCCCUAUUUAUCUGCAGGGCAAAAGCACGUUUUAUUCAGUCUAACCCUGCCAAUGAAUUUAGCUCCAAGUUGGGGACCCUGUCACAAGGACAGAGUCCACAGGCCAUUAAUCUUUAGGUCUCUCUGCAAAGAGUGUCAGGGAAGGGGUUGAUUAGUACAAGAAGUGUAAAUAAGACAAUGCAGUUUAAACAUUGAAUUUGAACUGGGCUGAGAAACCUGUAUCUCUUGUGCCCAUCGCUGAAUACUUUCUUUCACCACUUGCCUUCACUGGGGCCUGGCUGGGUUUGAACCUGUGGUUAGAUAGCGAAAAAGCUCAGUUGCCGAUGCACUAAACCAACCCUUCCAUCCUAAAUGGCGCUUUUAAAGCUUUUUUGACCCUUGGAUCCAAUUAGUUUGCCCAAAUUCAUUAUUAGAAAGGAGCUCCCACAGAACACCCCAACUCCUUUCCCUGUGUGUGUGACUGAGCUAAAGUCUUCACUGAGCAGGAUACUAAUUCUUCAGCUGCAUGCAAGGCACGGGGCAGCUCUGGUUCUUGACCUUGUGUUGGCUGUUUGACCAUGGAGACUCUGGAGCGAGACCCCCCUCUCUUAAAGGCGGUACUGCACAGCAGCAGCAUGUUUCCCUUUAGGACAGGAAGGGAGACUAGCUCAAAGCAUGCCAUGGAAACAUUCACCCUUUCUCUCCCUUGCCUGCAGGGCAGUGAGACUACAGAGCUACCUUAAAUAAGCUCCAGCUAUGAUUCUUAUCUUGGCCUUUGCAAACUAGCAGAAAGUUGAAGUGAUGACAGCAGAUAAGGGUGUUCGCUUUUCAAGCUUAUUGGUUGGUUCUCUGGCUUAUUUUUUCCCCCCCUGAAAGCCAGUCAUUCAGAGGUAAGGCUGGCAUAGCCCGAUCAUUCCAUUCCCAUGGAUACCAUGGAAGGGACAAGAAGGACCAGGUUCUAGAAGGGCAGAUCUUCUCUCACCACCCGGCGUAGCUGUGUCGCUCUCCAGGGCUUGAGACCUGCGUAAUAUCGUCAGCUGUGAGGAACGUGAACUCAUGUUUUCCUUGACCUUUCUUCACCUUGAAGGAGAGCAAAAUGGAUCCUGGUUGUUAACUCCCCACCUCCUCGGCCUUGGGACAGUGAGAAAAGUUCAGCGUUGCUUAUGGUGGGAGUGAGGGAACUGGGGCUGGUUCGCAGCGGGCUUACACAUUAAACUAUCGUAUCAAAGGCGAGCUGCCGUCUGACAAGAAGUGUAACCUGAGCAGAAAGGACACUAGUGCGUUUGAGCACGCUGAGGGAUUCUGGCAUGACCUGUCACUCUUUCACUGCUGUAGCCUGAGCAGGUCUUACUGGUUUUUACCGAGGUGGUGGGAGCUGAAUGGGGUGUGGGCUCGUUUCUAUUCGUCCACAGACAUCUCCGCAAUCUUCUUUUCUCUUUUUUAAUUCCCCCCUGGAUAUAAAUCGGAGAAAUCGAGUCCGUCACGUUUGCUGCCACCUGGGCUCAACCCAGCUGAAUCCGUUUUGGAGGAUACCCUUGCUGCAGCCCUCUGGACGUGCUCCUUGGAGGAGAAGAAGCUAAAGCAAUUUGGCAUCGUUGCUGUAGCUGGAAGUGAAAAGACCUACCAGGAGUAUCUGAUGUCCUGAUCUCUCCCCAUUUGCCCUGCUGAGCAUGGGGUAACGGUGUUUGACCAUGGUGGUCACCCAGUUACAAUUGGAACUGUGCUUCCACGGCAAGAAGCUGAGAGGUUUCACCUGCAAGUUGACCAGGUCAGCCAGUGGAUUUCUCCCAGAGACUUCAUUCUCCAUUGCCUCCCAGGUUUUCGUGCCGUUCCUUCUGGCUGGCUUGGGCAUGGUAGCUGCUGGCCUCUUGAUGGAUAUUGUUCAACACUGGGAUGUAUUUCGGACAAUUACGGAAGUUUUUAUCCUGGUUCCUGCCCUGGUUGGCCUGAAGGGUAACCUUGAGAUGACGCUGGCAUCCAGGCUCUCUACUGCUGCUAACACCGGACAGAUGGAUGAUGCUCAGAAGCAAUGGAAAAUGGCCACCUGCAAUUUAGCGCUUAUCCAGGUCCAGGCCACUGUGGUGGGACUUCUGGCUGCUGUUGCUGCUGUGAUCCUGGGAGCCAUUUCCAAGGGCUCUGUGGAGCUGAGCCAGGCUGCUGUGCUGUGUGCCAGCAGCGUCACCACGGCCUUCAUAGCUGCACUUUCUCUUGGUCUGGUGAUGAUUGGUGUGAUCAUUGGAGCAAGGAAAGUUGGGAUCAAUCCAGACAAUGUCGCCACACCCAUAGCAGCGAGCCUUGGAGACUUGAUAACCCUUUCCCUGCUGGCAGGAAUCAGCAGUAUGCUCUUCAAAUACAUAGAUAUGAAAUACCUUUCUCCUCUGAUCUGUGCUAUCUUCAUUGUCAUGAUCCCUCUCUGGGUUGCUAUCGCCAAGCAAAGUCCUUCCCUUGCUGAAGUCCUGAAAUCUGGAUGGCAGCCCGUCAUUGUUGCCAUGAGCAUCAGCAGCAUUGGUGGGCUCAUCUUGGACAAAACUGUAACUGACCCAAACUUUGAAGGCAUGGCAGUUUUCACACCCGUCAUUAAUGGUGUUGGAGGGAACCUGGUCGCCAUCCAGGCUAGCCGUAUUUCCACAUUCCUGCACUUCUGGAGCAAGCCUGGAGUUUUGCCAUACAAGAUGAGGCAGAAUUGGCCCAACCCAUGCACCACAUUCUUCUCAUCAGAAGUGAAUUCCAAGUCAGCGCGAGUUCUGUUCCUCCUGGUUAUCCCAGGGCACCUCGUGUUCCUCUACACCAUCCACCUGCUGCAAGGAGGCCACACGUCUCUCUCCUUCACCUUUGUGAUGUUCUAUCUGACGGCUGCUCUGCUGCAGGUGGGAAUCCUGCUCUACAUGGCUGAGCUGAUUGUGCGCCUGAUGUGGAGGAAGGCGCUGGAUCCGGAUAACUUCUCCAUCCCCUACCUCACUGCCCUGGGGGAUCUCCUGGGCACUGGAUUCCUGGCCAUCUGUUUCCGCCUAGUUUGGCUUGUCCACGGCGCAUAGGUGAACCAGGGGAACUGAGAGACCAUGAGCUGCUUUGCAUCA